AAGGUAAACGAGAAUUUUGGUCCUUUGACAUUUAUCGAUAUAAUAGCGAUAUAUAACAGUACCAGUGGUAGAAGUGAACUCUAUACGUUUAUUAAGCACUUAACAAAAUGGCAGAAGCAUAAAUGUGGAAAAAUAUUUUGAAUAUUGUGAGAACAUUUUAGUAUAAGAUGUGUGGUCUUGGCUCGUUGGUUCCCUGUAAUGGCAGCGCCCAUGCAACAGCAUUGAGGCCUGAGCAAGUUUAGCUAGUGAUACUUGAGCUGACAUAUUUCUCGGCUGAACAGUGUUUGCCUGGUGUUAAUCGUGGUUGAUUUUGAUCAAACACCUAUCCGUUUUAAAAUGCCAGGCGUCACAGUGAAAGACGUUAACCAGCAAGACUUUGUCAACGCUCUGGCGGCGUUCCUCAAAAAGUCAGGCAAGGUAAAGGUACCUGACUGGGUGGACAUCGUGAAGCUGGCCCGCUUCAAGGAGCUGUCUCCUGUCGAUGACAACUGGUUCUACAUCAGAGCAGCCUCCACAGCGCGUCACUUGUACCUGCGUGGUGGUGUCGGCGUGGGUUCCAUGACCAAGAUCUACGGUGGCCGCAAGAGGAACGGCGUGUGCCCAUCCCACUUCAGCAAAGGCUCCAAGAACGUGGCUCGCAAAGUGCUGCAGUCCCUCGAGUCCCUCAAAAUGGUGGAGAAGGACCCCAACGGUGGCCGCAGACUGACCUCCCAGGGUACCAGAGACCUGGACCGUAUUGCUGGCCAGGUUGCAGCUGCAAAGAAGUUGUAAAAAUAAAAAUCACUUUUUGGAAAAACUCGA